CCUCGGGCCAUCCCGACUAUCUGAAUCCAUGUCCUCCGUCCCGUACAACUCGAGGACCCUACAUGUACAGUACCUACUUGGGAAGCUGUGGAGGAUGCAGGGAAUAUCAGCCCUCCAUCUGGGUUCCAAUCAAGUACAAGUAGCUCUCGAUCCCGCAUUCUUGGCUUCUACUUCCAUUCCAUGUGCUAGUGAUCGUGUGUGUUCAAGACUUCUUUUAACUCUCAAGUCAACAUGCGUUUCUCCUUGGUGUCUGCCGCCUCUUUGGCAUCCGUCGUGAUUGCUGCUCCAGGAACAACUCCGACUGUCAUCGCUAGACCAGAAAAUCUCGCUGCCCCAGCUCCUCCAAAUCCAACUUCUAUCGAUAAAGCAGACAUUGUCGCUGCUCAGGCCAGUGCCCUCACGCGCUCGCCUACAAGUAAUGUGAAGGGUAAAGUCUUUGAUCGAUAUGUCUCGAUCUGGUUCGAAAACACAGAUUAUGAUAUGGCUGCUGCCGAUCGUUAGUUCUCUUUACCCGCUUAUGACCAAUGUAUCGCUUACAUGGAACUAGCCAACUUCCAGUUCUUUGCCAAGAAGGGGAUUACUUUACGUAAUAAAUUUGCCGUAACUCACCCAAGUGAGCCAAACUACAGUAUGUUUUUUUCGUUUUGUUAUUCACUUGUCUGGAUUUCGAACACCAGAAGUCAGAUCAAUGAGAAGAUACGGAAAUAAUUUGCCGAUUUUAAUUAUAGUGGCUGCUGUUGGUGGCGAGUAUUUUGGUCUUGACUCGGAUCCUUUUACGGCCAUUCCUCGAAAUGUGUCGUCUGUGGUUGAUUUGUUAGAAGAGAGGGGAAUUACUUGGGGUGUAUACCAAGAAGACAUGCCCUACUCUGGAUUUCAAGGUUUUGAGUAUGUGAAUCAGCAAAACGGUGCUAAUGAUUACGUACGCAAACAUAAGUAAGCGAACCCCUCUCUCGAAGUGAAAUUUCAACAAAACCAACACUUUUACAGCCCCGAGAUUUUGUACGACAGUGUUGCUACAAAUCCCGACAGAGCAGCCCUCGUCAAGAACACCACCUUAUUCUUUGAAGACCUCAAGGCCAAUACACUCCCUCAAUGGAUGUUCAUCACCCCCAACAUGACUUCAGAUGGUCACGACACCUCGGUAACCGUUGCCGGGGAAUGGCUUAGAAACUUCCUGGAACCACUUCUCACAGACAAGAACUUCAUGCAGAAUACCCUCGUCCUCAUCACCUUCGACGAGAACGAAACCUACUCCAUCCAAAACAACAUCUUCUCCGUCCUCAUCGGCGACGCGGUCCCCGCCGAGCUCGUAGGAACAACAGAUACAAACUACUACAACCACUACUCCGAAAUCUCCACCGUCGAAGCCAACUGGUACCUUCCCAUCCCCCCUUCCCCCAAACCAACCACUAACCCAAGCUUAUUCAGGGACCUCCACACCCUCGGCCGCUGGGACGUCGGCGCCAACGUCUUCUCCAUGGUCGCCUCCCACACGGGCGACCGCCUCCGCACCUGGACCGGCGACUUCUCCACCAUGUUCUUCAACUACUCCUACCCGGGGAUCUUCAACACCCGGGGGAAAUGGGCGCCGCAGCCCGUGCCGGACGUGCACUCGCGACGCAAUGGGCGCACGACGUUACCCGCCAUCAAGGAGGCGUGGGAGAGUUUGCAACCGAGGAAUUAUUACCAUGGUGCGUUGGAGAUUCCGGAUGGGUAUCAUGUUCCGGUUUAUCCUCCGCUUGGAGCUUAGGGAUGUUGUGGGUUGGGUGAGGAGUGGUCGAGGAGUGAUUUUUUAGAAUAUAAUUUCAUAAUUAAUCGUG